CUCGUUCGUAGUGAACUCUCGCGAGGCCGUGCAUUUUGCGGCCCUGCUCGCCUGCACUACAAGCUGCUGUUAAGCAGUAACUCUGUUUCAGACACUUCAUGAUGAGUUAUGCUGAAAAGCCAGAGGAUGUAACUCGAGAGGAGUGGAUGGAGAAGCUCAACAAUGUUCAUAUUCAGCGUGCAGACAUGAAUCGACUUAUUAUGAAUUACCUGGUGACAGAGGGAUUCAAGGAGGCAGCAGAGAAAUUUAGGCUGGAAUCAGGCAUUGAACCAAGUGUGGAUCUGGACUCACUCGAUGAGAGGAUAAAGAUCAGGGAGAUGAUCCUGAAAGGACAGAUUCAGGAUGCCAUUGCACUGAUCAACAGCCUGCACCCAGAACUGCUAGACACUAACCGCUACCUUUACUUUCACCUCCAGCAACAGCACCUGAUUGAGUUGAUCCGUCUGCGGGAGACAGAGGCAGCGCUGGAGUUUGCACAGACACAGCUUGCAGAACAGGGAGAGGAGAGUCGAGAGUGCCUGACAGAGAUGGAGCGCACGCUGGCACUGCUGGCAUUCGACAACCCAGAGGAGUCACCUUUUGGAGACCUUCUUAACAUGAUGCAGAGACAGAAGGUUUGGAGUGAGGUUAACCAGGCUGUGCUGGACUAUGAGAACCGAGAAUCAACACCUAAACUGGCUAAACUCCUGAAACUUCUGUUGUGGGCUCAGAACGAACUGGACCAGAAGAAAGUCAAGUAUCCUAAAAUGACUGAUCUCAGCAAGGGCACCAUUGAGGACCCCAAGUGAAGACAAACAGCAAAGCCGCUCAGUGCUUGCGUUAUGUGGGAAACAAAAUGGACAUUUUCCCCCUCCCCUUUCACUAUUUAUACUCAGUCAGUGACUGACACUUAAAUAUACUUUUUUUUUUGUUUUGUUUAGCGUAAUUGUUCUUGCUUAUCAGAGACUUUUGCAUUAAAUGGGUUGUGCAAAUGGGAGUGUUUGAAUUUUAAAAGUUAUUUAUGGCCAAAAAAAGAACACUUUUUAAUGCAGAGAAAAUUUUACGAUUUUGUUACCUCUAUAUUUGACUUGGUGAUUUGCAUUGAAUUUUAGCCAUUGUGUUUUGCAGAGAUUGCUUCUGUCUCUAUUUUUGUUCAGAAACUAUAUAUUUACCGGUUGAUCAGAGCUCUGUGGCUCUGUGUUUGGAUGUAGAUAAAGCCUAGUUCUGGACUCGAGUGAAUCCUCGUCAGAUGCACGGCUUAGAAAUCGAAGCUGAGGUAUACCUCAAGUUCUGAGGAUCUACUGGAGGGUAAAGCCCUGUACUCACCAGAGUUUCAGCAGGACGUUGGACUGAUUUUGGUGGAAUUGUAUGCUGUUAGCUUCCGCAUCUUUUUUUUUUUUUUUUUUGUCAUUUGCAGUGUGAAAGAUUGCGAAGAUGACCAUUUGUAAAUGUGUUGGACGGAGUGUAAGGAGGGAUCAUCUGCUCUGUGAAUGUGUCAUUGCAUUGUAAUGUUUUUUUUGUACUAUUGCAUAUUAUCGUAGUUACCCUGCUAAAAUUGACAUAUGCGAUAAUGUGAUUUAUAGAAAAUGCAGAGUUAAGUUAGCAAGUUUUGGAAGUCAGAUGCUUUACAGAGGUAUUAAAUACUUUUUGAAGUUA